UGCCGCCGCCAGAGUUUCAGUAUAAACAAGGCACAGGGCUGUAGAGCAGAGAGAUAGAUACCUUUACUUCUUUCCGCGCGCUUUCGCUCCCGGGGCUUCGGGCGCGCUUGGGGGGCGCACGGCAAACAGCUGGGAAGCCGAGGAUUCGAGGUCUGUCUGCAGGAAAGCAUGCCUCAGACACCUCCUUUCUCAGCCAUGUUUGACAGCAGUGGCUACAACAGGAACCUCUACCAGUCUGCAGAGGACAGCUGUGGAGGCUUGUAUUACCAUGACAAUAACCUCCUCUCAGGAUCCCUGGAGGCGCUAAUCCAGCACUUGGUUCCCAAUGUGGAUUACUACCCAGAUAGAACAUACAUAUUUACCUUUCUGCUCAGUUCUCGGUUAUUUAUGCAUCCAUAUGAACUAAUGGCCAAAGUCUGCCACUUAUGUGUUGAACACCAGAGACUAAGUGAUCCAAACAGUGACAAGAACCAGAUAAGAAAAAUUGCACCCAAAAUUCUUCAGCUCCUAACAGAAUGGACUGAGACAUUUCCUUAUGAUUUUCGGGAUGAAAGAAUGAUGAGAAACCUUAAAGAUAUGGCUCACCGAAUAGCCAGUGGUGAGGAGACCUACCGGAAAAACGUCCAGCAGAUGAUCCAAGGCCUGAUCCGCAAGCUGACUACUCUCAGUCAGUAUGAGGAAUUCCUGGCAAAGAUCAGCUCCACAUCCACAGACCGACUCACAGUUCUCAAGACCAAACCUCAGUCCAUACAGAGGGACAUCAUCACAGUCUGCAGUGACCCAUACACAUUGGCCCAACAGCUGACUCACAUAGAGUUGGAAAGGCUUAAUCAUAUCGGGCCAGAAGAAUUUGUUCAAGCAUUUGUGCAGAAGGACCCCUUAGACAACGACAAGAGUUGCUACAGUGAGCGAAAGAAAACACGAAACUUAGAGGCUUAUGUGGAAUGGUUUAACCGUCUCAGCUACUUGGUUGCUACAGAAAUUUGCAUGCCUGUAAAGAAGAAGCAUCGAGCAAGAAUGAUUGAGUAUUUCAUUGAUGUUGCUCGGGAGUGUUUUAACAUUGGCAAUUUUAAUUCCUUAAUGGCAAUAAUCUCUGGCAUGAAUAUGAGCCCAGUGUCUCGACUGAAAAAAACUUGGGCCAAAGUGAAGACUGCGAAGUUUGAUGUUCUUGAGCAUCAGAUGGACCCUUCGAGUAAUUUCUACAAUUAUAGAACAGCUCUUCGUGGGGCAACACAGAGGUCUUUGACUGCUCAUAGCAGCAGAGAGAAGAUUGUCAUACCAUUCUUCAGUCUUUUAAUCAAAGAUAUUUAUUUCCUCAAUGAGGGUUGUGCCAACCGACUUCCAAAUGGCCAUGUCAAUUUUGAGAAAUUUUGGGAACUGGCCAAACAAGUGAGUGAAUUCAUGACAUGGAAGCAAGUGGAAUGUCCCUUUGAGAGGGACCGGAAGAUCCUGCAGUACCUGGUCACAGUACCUGUCUUCAGUGAAGAUGCUCUCUAUUUGGCUUCCUAUGAAAGUGAAGGACCUGAAAAUCAUGUAGAGAAGGACAGGUGGAAGUCUUUAAGGUCGAGCCUCCUAGGCAGAGUGUAACCAAUGGGGUGCUGAUCUUUGCUGUCACUGCUGCUGCCACCACCGGAUAGGAUCUCAGGACUGUGGAGAGGCCACCAUUAUUUUCUGGCAUCUACAGAAAAUCAUGAAGUCCCUUCAAGUAGACUCACUUAAGAGCAGAAGGGGAACUGACUUCUCCCAGCUGACAGAAUGACUUGGAUUUUGUGAGCCUAAAAUCAUCACUAAAGACAUUUGAGAAAGAAUCCUCUGAAGAUCCCAGCUCUGCGCAUGAUUCAUCUCCUGGAAUUUCCAUGUGAAUCACAGCUCUGCACCUGGAUGGAGCUUUCUUUUGUGUGUCUCUGUGUGUUGUGUGUCUCAUUUGGUUGAACAUUUGCUGCUAAUGGGACUUGUCCAGCUGAUGGCUGGCUCCGAGGAAGCCCAUGUUUCUCUGUUAACUUAAAUGAAGAAGAGAGAGGAGGGGAGGGGAAGAAAACUCUCCAUUUAGAUACCCAGAAUUGCCUCCAUCCAUCUUGCCGAGAGAGACCAGACUGGCUGAUGGCUGAUUUGAACUUUGCUUCCCUCUGUGUGUGCUGCAUUAUCGUGAAUUCCUCUUCUCCUCUUCCUACAAGGUUUUGAGUUGGCUGCUGGUUAGCAAACUCCUUUUUACCCACAUAAGUUAUUUAAUAUAACAAUGAAGCUCAGCACUGUGGUAGGAAAAUAGCCACUAGGAAAAAAAGAAGAAGACCCAGAGUUUGUUGUUGGAUUGUUUGAUAUUCUAGAAGAACCUUUUGUUUUCUUAGCCCUUCUGAGCUGUUUACAACUGACCACUGUGUUCUACAGAUGUAUUUUUAGUAAGUUCUUUUUGUUACUUAUUUUUUUCAUGAUGCCUUUUUUUUCCUCUUAUAAAUAUAAAUUAUUUGACUGUGAAGGUCUUGGAAAAACCCACAGCCUAAUUACAAUUUUUUUAACAGACUGCUAUUUUUCAUUCAUUACCAUUUAGAGUCUGUUGAUAACUAAAUGGGUGAUCAAAGAAUAAAUUGGAAAAGUUACUGCUCCCACCCUCACUCAUCUCUGCAGCAGGGAACAAAACACAAGAAAGAGUUAUCUUGCUGUUAACUUUCAAGAUCAACCUGUCAAAUGUUUCACCUUGUUAAACAUCUGAGUCUGUAGCUGCUCUGCAGAAAGGCAAUAUAUUUAUAUCCUCCAAUAGAGAAUGUAGAGUAGUACACUGUGCUAUUGAAAACAAAAUAAUGAUAAUAAUAACAUAUUCAAAACAGAUGUAUUUGAAAACUUCAUGACAUGGAUUCAAAAAAACAGCAUGUGUGUUUGCUGCACGCCAUCUCAGCAGACCUGAAAUGCCUCCAAGUUGUCCCUUUGCGAUCAUCAAUAUAGUUUACACUCUGCGGACAUAA